AAUCACAGCAGUGUUUCAUUGAAUGAUUACAGUGACUUAAACUAGAGGAUGCAUUUGCUGCAGUGCGAAUGUUGAGAGCUGAAAUGUUCAAUGUGCUGAAUCAACAAAUCUUUCAGCUGAAGGUGCAGAACUAUUGAAAGCUGAAGUGUCAAAGUUGGAAAGUAGCUGAACAUCUUUAAAAUGUACGUUAGAAAAAGAUGACUAAUGAUAUUAUGAACUUUAAAUGUCUAAACUCAAGAAUCUCAAAGCAUCAGUGACUUUGUUCAUCCUCUUCUGUGCCGCGUGGAUGAGGAAGCUGACGUUUAGGUCCUGGGAGAUGGUGGUUCCCAGAAACUGGUUUACUGUGUCCACUGGGCAUGAAGGAAGAUCAGAUUUGCUGGUGUUGGUUUCAGCCUGAAGCCCACCAUCAUCUCCAGCUGGAGGCGGUUGAUGAAUUUUGUAGACUUUACUCCCAUCAUCCCAGCUCUCCCACCUGAACGUGAUUCGUUGUGUUUAUUUCACCAAAGAUUCAGCAACUAUAAAAAUUCAACUCAAGCAUCGAGCUGUAAGCAUUUACAUGAGAUUUUCUUCUCAUAUAGACAUCUGAAAGGAAAAUAUUCUUUCACCAUAGAUGCAGAAACACCGAUGAGGGACUUUUUAUUUGACUUUGUACAGCGGGACUUGUUUUUUCUUUCCUCCUGAUUUGAACGUCUGCAGACGUCUCUGUGCAGCACUGCUCACUUCAACGAGCAGCUGUGGAGUUUCCUGAAAAACACUUUUGCGGUGACCGGUUAUAAAAUAUGACUUUUGGGGAUUUGACAGGAAUCCGGGAGCUUUGCAGCUCUCCGCCUUAUAUGGCAGGGCUGAGCGCGUGCUCCGUGCCUGUCCACGGGCUGCACGAGUGACCUGGAAGACAAACACGGUGUAGAGGCGGAGGACACGCACACGCACACAGCUCUGUCCGCUGCGCUGUUGCGGCUCACCCACGCAGGCCGAACAUGGAGGCUUCGUUUGCAGGUAAACGGGCUCUGGUCACCGGAGCAGGAAAAGGGAUUGGUAGGGCCACAGCUCUGGCUCUGGCACGCUGCGGGGCAAAGGUCAUAGCGGUCACACGAACACAGGCCGAUCUCAACAGCCUGGUGGAGGAGUGCGCCUCCAUCACCCCGGUGUGUGUGGACCUCACAGACUGGGGGGCCACAGAGCAGGCCCUGCAGGAUGUCGGCCCUGUCGACCUGCUGGUCAAUAACGCUGCCUGCGCCAACCUACAGCCAUUUCUGGAAGUCACACCUGACAAGUUUGAGCAGGCUUUCAGUGUGAAUGUGAAAGCUGUGGUGCAGGUUUCUCAGUUAGUGGCUCGUGGUAUGAAGGCCCGGGGAUCGGGAGGCUCCAUUGUUAAUGUGUCCAGCCAGGCAUCGCAGCGCGCCCUCAGAGAGCACGCCGUCUACUGUGCUACCAAAGCGGCUCUGGACAUGCUGAGUAAGGUGAUGGCUUUAGAGCUGGGACCACAUCAGAUCCGUGUGAACACCGUGAACCCCACAGUGGUGAUGACUGACAUGGGUCGCUUGGGCUGGAGUGAUCCUGAAAAAGCCAAGAGCAUGAAGUCCCGGAUCCCCCUGGGCCGCUUCGCAGAGGUGGAGGAGGUUGUGAACAGCAUUUUAUUCCUGCUGAGUGAAAAGAGCAGCAUGAUUAAUGGAGUCACUCUGCCGGUGGAUGGAGGCUUCCUGGCCUGCUGACCCACAUCAGCCCAUCGUCCACCUGCUCGGAGCAAAACUUCACUUGUAGAUUUCUUCUUCACUGUGAUUGUCUCCAAUAUAACUGGACUCAACCAGCGAGGGGCCCGAAGGAUUGUUUGACCCAUUGAUGGAAUUUGUGCUAUUAAAAGACAAAAACAUGCUGCUGCAUUAAAAUCAGUAUUAAAAACAAAAACUGUUUAAAAAUAAA